AUGAUUCUUUCAUUAUUAUUACUAAUGAUAAAUGGAAUUAUUAUCAUUUAUAGUAAACCAUUAGAUAUUGAAUCAGAUACACCAUUAACUAUAAGUUUUAAUCCAUCGUCUAAUCAAGUACAAUUAAAUCAACCAUUAAUAAUACGUUGUGAAGUUCAUUCAUUCAAUAAUAAACAAUUAGAAUCCAAUAAUAAUAAUAAUAAUAUACUUAAUGGUUAUAGUAUGUUCUUUCAAUGUCCUAUAGCUCCAUGGGGUAAAUUUUGUUUUCAUAAUUGUCAAUCUGCAUGUGUCGGUGAAAUACCUAAUAAAUGUCCAUAUGAUAAUGAAUUAAGUCUUAUUAAAUGUCGUACUGUUAUGACUGAACAAGAAGGUUUCUCAUGUAAAACAGCUGGAUUAGAAACACCAAGAAUUCCUUUAACUAUAGUUAAACCCAAUGAUAUUCAAUUGAAUACAAUGGAUCUAUCAAAGACUAAAACAUCAUCAUCAUCAUCUAAUUCUCAUUCAAUGAUAUCUCAUUUGAAUAAAACUAUAUCUAAUGAAUAUAAUACACAAAAAGAUGAAUCUAAUCCAUUGAAUAAUGGAAUGAAUCCAUCGAUUAAAGGAAUCAAUUCUGAACUUAAAGGAUCUUGGAACCCAUGUGCACUUUCGGUUUUCCAAUUCAACUGGAUGGAUCCUCCAUAUUCACCAACCCGGAUAAGGAGCCAGACAUUCGCUUUUCGUCCUCUCACUUUCGUAAACAACACCCUGGCCAUAAGAGAGGAGUAAGUAAGAUGUCGCAGGCAGUGGUUGCAGUUACAAUGACAAACGUAAGUGAAUUACAUAAUUAAUAUUUAUGCCGGAUACUAUCAGCAACGGCCUUCUGUAUCAGAUGGCAAACCAAAUUGCAGCUGAUAAGGAGAAUAGGAAAAGACGAUGGAAAUGGAUAGGAAGUACGUUACGGAAAACACCAAACUGUAUCACGAGGCAAGUCGGAACUUAGGACCCUGAAGAGAAGCGGCAAAGUGGAAGGUUAAAGAACACAUUACGACGGGAAAUAGAAGCAGAUACAGAAAGGAUGAUUAGCAGUUGUACAGAUCUGAAAAAGAUUGGUCAGAACAGAGUUUGAAUAAGAAGACAAAUGGGAGAUCUGUCCUAAUCUACGAGGAGUAACAGACAUCAAAGACUUGAUAAGAUCAAUUCGCUUGUUUGAUAAAAUGGAUCUGUUAUGAAAUUUCUAUUCUGUUUUAUUAUUAUGAUCUAAAUAUUUUUUGUACUUUCUCUUUUGUUUGUUAACAUACCAUCAAAAUGGAACCAUUUUCAUCUGAUUUCUGAUUUCCAUUUUGAUGUUAUCAAGUUAACUAUUUUCGCUUAAUGAAACAUAAUAAUUAACAGAAGUAGAGUUUCAAAACAGACUUCUGAAGACAAUACUCUAUUGAAAUUACUUCAGUCAAACUUACUUUUAUAUCCACAAAACCCAUCUGAUGAAUAUUUAUUUAUUUUAAUUAUUUAUUUGAGCACUCGAUUGAUGAUACAUACUACUUAUAUCUGUCGACAUCAGUAACGCACAAUACAAUAUGAAUAACUGAUUACAUUUGUAGCAUUUAUUAUAGCUUUGCAUAUUCAUCAGAAUAUUUGCGAAAUUUCAAUUGUACAACAUUUAGACACACAAAAUAUACUAAUUACCAUAAUGGGCAUUAUAUGGUACAUGCUAAUUUUGCCGACAGAUAUAAGUAGUAUGUAGCAGCAAUCAGAUGUGGAAUGUCUGCCAAGAGAAGAUUGAAUUGAAGAGGAUAGAAAAGGAUACAAUAAGCCAUUGUAAUAACAACUGAAUUAAGAGAAUCAUGAGGCACGUAAACCACAAUUAAAUGAUGAUGUGCAAAUAAUGUAUUCAAUGUGAUUUUCCUUCUCCAUAAAUAAGAGGUAGAUAUAAGCCUUGUGAAUUGAGCUCAUCCUAUGUCAUCCACUCAAUUGUCUUUAAUUUUGACAGCUUUUGGCGUUUAGAUAAUGUGAUCAGAUCGCGAGAAAAUUUUUGAAGUUCUGGUGAGAAACCGUGUCUAUCUCAGUAAAAUGGAAAAUGGUCGCGCAAUUCCAUGGAUUGGUUGAUGUUGGACACUAUCACCAUUGGAUGCCGGCUUAGUGGUCCAGUACGUUAAGCGUUCGCGUAACCGAUUGAAGACCCUAGCUUUGAAACUUCGAGAGCGGCACCGUGGAUGCUCACCGCUGAGGAGGCCCACAAUAGGACGAAACGGUUGUCCAGUGCUCCCAGGUUUUCAAUGAUGGUCUAACAUCAACCGGUUCGUGAUCUCAAUCAAAAACUACCAGUCUCCACAACCCCUAUACUGAUACAAAAUUUUAUCUCAACUUUGUCAUAUUGGCGCAACACAUUUCGAAAAUUCAAACCACACAUUUACUUGUUAAGGAGUUCAUAUUUGAACGAGUUUCGAUUAGUAGAUAAACGAAAAUGUUCAAAGAAAAUAAGAAAAGCACUCUGAAACAUAUCAAUCCACUAGAUGAAUCAAUGGUAAUAAAAUAGGUUGAUUGAAAGUACAAAUGGAUAGUAAACACAUAAAUCCGGUUCAAAUGUUUGUAUGGCUAGAGCUACAAAAACCUGAUUUUACAUCUUGGACACUUUAAAGACAAGGUCACCACACUUGAGUUGAAAUCACUAUGAAGCUGACUUAUUGACAAACUGAGUGGGAUUCCAGUCGACUAUAGAUCCAAAAUUAAAGUAGCAAAGGUAGCAAAGUCUUAUCAUCAAUGAUUUUUGCGUGUUUACAAUAGGGCAUAAGGUGAUAUCACGGCAAAAGAGGGAGAAAACAGUGAAAAAUUGACCGAUCAUCAGAAAAGAUGAGUAAAGGUAUUAUAGGACAAUUCACAGUCAAUCAAUAAAUGUUCACAAUAACAGAAUUUAUCUGUUACGAUAUUAAUGUUUGUGAAAUUAUCAGUGAUUCACGCAUCUACUUAUAAGCAUUCAGUAGUAUCAAUUAUAUGUGCUAAAUAAAUAAUCAGGGAAUUUGUUUCAUGUGCAGUAUUAUUGUAUAAAAUUAGUUUUAAUUUUUUAACUUUCUUUUGUCUUUAAUUUAAUUUCUCAUGUUUUGUGUAAUACUCAUCACAAGAUCCUCCAGUUUGUAGACGUGUAAGUGAAAAGGUUUUGCAUUAUAUCGCAUGUCAGUUCGAUUUGAUAAACUUGACCGUAAUUUACAGAACGAACUGUUAGAACAUAACCUCAAACAUUUUGAAUUAUAGCAGAUAUCAGUUGAUGUUCAAAACACAAUGGGAUGAUAACCUAAAGUCACAAAACGAACACAACUCCUAACAUUUAUUUAUACAUAAGCCUAUGUAAACACGACUACUUCCAUUUACCUUACACGAUAAUAUGAUAUGUAAACGUAUAAUUAAUACAAACAAAGUUGUUCGAUUACGGUUAUUAAAUUUCGCUUUAUUGUGACGGAUUUGUAACCAAACAACGCUUCCAGAAUGGCUAUUAAAUCACUCUAGGUUGUCAGCAGUGUACAGUUUUGCAAAUAAAAUGAGCUGUCCUAUACUGAAUAUCUACUAUAACAUGAACAUGCAGUUCAAACAAUAAAUGUGCCGUUUAUUUCACUGUGAAAUCAACUGUCUAACGAUCAAACACUCUCCCAAAUUACACUACCAUUAUCAAACAUGAGAUCACACUUCAUUUGAUGAUAAACGUACAGAAUAAACUGUACAUGCAGUCGUUACAUGAAGUAUACAAGAGAAAGAGAAAAGUGUAUCGGCUUUCUGAAUACAUCACAGUUUGAUAUGGAAUACAACAAAUACAACUAGUGUUCUCCAAUGAUCGGUCGUCAAUGAAAGAGUUCAACUUUUUCUCAGAUCAAUUAUUGGAUCUUCAAGUAUCAAAUGUUCUUCAUGUGUACUAUAUUAAGGACUAUCGCACAACCAGAAAACAAAUCAUUAGUCUUCAUUGAUUUUCAAAUAGAUAACAGUUUGUGAUUAAGAACUGGACACAUAAUGUUCUGUGGUCAUAUUGUCCAUGGUAAACAGUGUUCAAUUUUGCUUGUUUAGUAAUGUUUGUAAGUGGUUGUAAAUAUGAUAAGGGAACAUCGAAUAGAUGAAUGAAUACAAAUGAUUAGUGAUUAGAAACUAGAGAUACAACUAAUAUGAGAAAACGACCAACAUAUAGAUGUUUCAGUAAACAAGACAAAUCUUAACAAAUGGAAUGUUUCGGUUUUCCUUUGAAGUUCUAUGUUAACACAACUGGAUUCAAUGAAUUGUAUGAUUCACAGAUUUACAAGGGUCAUAAACAAUAGUAACUAAUGUUAUGCAACAUUCUUCCAUUCAUCAAAGAAAUUUUCCAUCAAGUCUCACUAAAUAUUACCAUAUAGUUCACUUCAUCUCACAAACAAUAUGAUAAUCGUUGAUUUAUCAACUCAUGUAUCGAAACACUAAACACUAACGAAAUGGUGAAUCUCAGCAUUAAUAAAUACACAUCGACACCAUAUGUGAGAAUUAUCCUUAAAAGCCAAUGGCAUUCGAUCACACAGAAUUAUUGCACAUAUUCAACUGAACAAUUCUAUACCAGACAAUACAUCUACACACAACACGUCCAUGCAAAUUCGCUCUUUCACAAACAGAUAAACAUCAUGAAAGGCAGAAAGAUUGUUGAGAAUGAACUAACUCAUGACAGGACUGUUGGCAAUCACACAACUAACCAGAUCUAUACACAUGUUAAGGAUUUCGAUUGAUCGAUUGACUGAUCAGUUAGUUAGUGAAAGCAUGAAGUUUACAACUAACUAAUUGAAAACUGUUACUAAAACUGCACAUUGAUUGGUUAAUUAUAACAUGAAAUUUACAUUUGCAUUAACAUGACAGAUAUUUGCUAACAAUAAUGAAUCAUCAAUUCACAAUUAACAUGAUGAAUUCAUCAAAAACGAUGACACGAUUGACGAUCUAUAAUAUUUGAAAGAAGUAAGAGAUAAGAGACUUCCUCAUGAAUUGAAACAUCGACUGAACGUCCAUACAAAUUACACACAUAUCAAAGUCUCCAAUCUGAAAACAAGAACACACUCAUUCAAAUUUACUAAUUGAAAUCCUUCAGUGAAUACCUGAUCAAUAUUCUAUUACUCAAAUAUAUUGUUAAUCAUAUUUAUUAUAUUCCACUAUUCCAGCAUGAUUAUGUAGAUGUUAGUGAUCAAUUUGGACUUACAUCAUUCAUUAUCUAUCACCUAUCAACCCUUAAAAGAAACUUAUUCUAAAGAUCAGUUUUUGCUGUUGUUCUUUCCGUGAGAUCCCAAACAAUUUUAUGGUGCAAGUAAAACAUCGUUGUGGCAGAUCUGCAUGUCAUUUCACUGUGGUUGAUGGUAUGUGUUGUAACAACUAGGAUACGUUUAAUCACAAUGUGUGCAUCGGACUCACACUGGCCGCAUAUAAAAUAUGCUGCAAGUCAAUAUCCUGUUUACUGUGCAAAGCAUGAUGUUCUACAAAGUCUCUGUUGAUUCAUGAGGCGAUUGAGCUGUUGAGAUUGGCUAGAAAAUCACCCUUAGAUAAACAGGCAGCAGUAAAUUGGCGGAAUUCCGUUUCUGAGGGAACAGUGAGCGUUAUCGUGAGCCCAGACUUGGAUUUGAAUGACACCGUCAAGGUUGACCCGAUUAGAGAAACGGAUAACAAGCACACAAAUGUAGGCACGUUGCAAUAAAUAAGAAAAGCACGUCGAGGAGGAACAAGUUAUACACAGCAGUCAGACAUGUGAAUCUACAGUUUUGUCUCCAGAUUUACAUAUCAACGAAACAAACCAUAGGAGAGCAAAGCCUGAACGGUGUAAAUGUUGUGAUUAGGUGACAUAAUAGGAUAAAUGAUCGCAUUACAGUCACACCCAUAAAAAGAAAAGUAAGGAAACAGAGUAAGACCUCUGUGUUUACCCCGAAAUGGACAGCAGGGAUGAUAAUCCAAGAUCUUAAAUUCCACAGCGCAUUGAGACUGACUUCACUGACAGGUCAAUCAUUUUUUCUUAUUUAAGAGAAUCUUCCGAUAAGCAACCAAAGCUAGGUUUGAGCACGACCCCAGCCUCAUUAAAUCAUUAUCGUGCAAGGAACUCUCAGAAACAGCUUCAGAAGUUAGCAUCUGUAAGCUUUAUUGAAUGAGAAAGAAGGUGGAUCCUGAAAGUACUCAGAAAAGCCUCUUCUUAGAAGUGACCUUUGCUUCGUCUGAAGAAAGAUAUCAAAUAUGGGAAAACUCAGGCAAAUUGACUGGAUCCGGAAUAUACAUCAGUGAGAAUCUUAGCCUGGUUGAACAUAAUGAAAGAUGAUAGGCAGAAGUAGAAAUAAAUAAGAGUAGCAGAAAUGGUGAGAAAAGCUCGAGUUUAGGGGUUUUCAGAUUGCAAAUGUUUGGAGCAUAACGAUUCUUAAACCACUCUGGAUGGUAACGGAAAGUUCACCACAGAAAUAAAGGCGGGCUAAACAAGAGCUCGCGGUCUAUAAAAUAAGAUUUCUGAGCUCAAAAAACGUUGAUUGUAGAAGACCGGGAAGUCAAUUCAAAAAUUUUGGUUAAAUGAUAAACAGUACCUUUGCUUUGUAUCACUACGUGACUGCAAUAUUAUUCGUCAGGAUCUACCGAGCGAUAAAUUAGAGGUCUCGCGGCUGUGUAGUCACGGUUUAAAUUUGAACUGGCUUCGUUCUCUUUUUGCACUCGACAUAUACUCUCACAAUUUGUCAAUUCCUAAAUGUUACCUAUUAUUCUUUACCGUUUUCCGUUACUCUUUCUUGAACUUUUGAGGUAAGACUUUGCUGUAUUGCGGAGAGUGCUAAGGGCAGUUAUGGAAGUGUGUGGUCAGUCUUUCGAAGCAUUUAUUAUUAUUAUGGUGGACAAACAUCUUAAGUCGUACAAACUCUUGACAGGUAUUAUCUUGUCAGAUUCUAACCAUCUUUUUUAUAUUUUCUGGUAAAAUGAGACUCAAGUACAUUAAAAUUCAUUCACUUAUGCAAAGGCGUAAUCGUUCUAUAAUACCUUAUCUAGCAAAUAUACUCUGUGACGAACAAGUUGUUAGAGUAAGAUUACUCAAUAAUCUGUAUUCUUCAACAUAUUUCCAGUUUGAAAUGUUGUACAGAUCUCGAUAACUUUUCAAAUUUUCCUGUUCUUUUUUUGUUGUUGUUUCUUGUUUUUGCGAAAACACUUGUUGAAAUGCCAUGUGCUGAGAAUACUAUAUUGUAUCAAAAUAUAAUAUUGAAUAAAACCAUUACUAACAAAUACUAAAUAGAAACUAAUGCGUACUUCGAUCUAGAAGAUCUAAUUAAAGCCCUUAGCACUUUCAACACGGAAAAGUCAACAGGUCAGGAUAGGCUACAAUAAAAAAUCCUAAGACAAUUUGUACAUUAUAUUGCAGCCACACUGGCUGUGACAUUCAAUAUGUCACUUGGUCAUUUGGUCACUUAGUGAAUUACCUACGGAUUGGAAAUAUGCAGUUGCUACAACACAAAAAACAGGACCAAGACGUCCGACUAACUACAGACCUGUCAAUCUCAACAAUGUUGGAGUUAAAAUAUCGGAAAAAGUAUUCAAAAAGAUCAUAAUGACAUUCAUGUAAGCAAACAACUUGUUAGACAGCGAACAGCAUGGUUUCAGAAAAGGUCGAUUUUGCGAGCAAUGCAUAAAAACUCUAGACAGUGAAAAAAUAGUAGAUGGUGUCCACAUAGACUUUGACAAAGCAUUUGAUAAGGUGCCGACAAAUAGACUGCUGUUACUAACUUGCUUACUUACGUCCGUUAUUCCCAAUGGAGCAUAGAACGCCGAUCAGCAUUCUUCAACUCGAUCUGUCCUUAGGCUUGCAUUCUUGUUCUAUCCAAUUUUUUCAUUCUUCUCAGGUCUAUCGCCAUUUCGCGAAGUAAUGUGUUCUUCAGUCUUCCUGUUCUUUUUUGGACUCGAGAAUUCCAUGUGAUAAUGGCUUGCUUUGUUAAUUGCCUUGGGUGCUUUUGUAGCGACCUACUUUUAUCAAGUGAACGCGAUUGGGUUAGUGAAAACAAUCAUUAUUAUAACCGAUUUUACCAGUGAUUGUUUUACUGCGCUCGUUUGUUUAGCUGUGCUAAAGACAGCCAUAUUACUCCUCCAUUAUUCUCCUUUACUUUUCUGCGGAUUGUGACCUCGUAGGUUCGUACUUUCGCCUGCUGAUUUCACUUGUACUCCUUUUGGCACGAUCUCGGUAUUCGUCGGACAUCACGAGAUCACCAACGAAAUAAACUUGGUUACACCUAGUUUGUUUACAUUAGCCAUGUUUUCCUACAAUUAAGAUGGAAGUAUAAACGUUGGUGCAUAAGAGGUAUGAAACAACCUAAAUAAUAAUAAAUACUACUACAAGCUAAUAAAUAAAACAUGAAAGUUCAUAAAAAACUGUCUUGCUGAUUGUUACGGGAGAACUGAAGACAUUUGACUGAUUUAAACCUUUUUAUUGUAUAUGAUUAGUUUUUCACUGUGUUUUUGGAUGUAUUUAUUUUACAUAACUUCUGAACAGGUUUGUUUAUUAUCAUUAUUUUUGGACAUUUUGGUUUCUGUUUGUCUUUGAGAGUUUUACCCCUGGAACCUACAAAAUUGAUGGUUUGUUUUGUAAUCUUUAUAAUUAUUGUUUUCAGGACGACAUUUGGGUCGACUAUUUGUGAAUUACGAAUAAACGUUGGUACUUAAAUUGGAGUUUUGUUAUUUUAUUGAUUUAGGUUCGUAAAUUGCAAAUAGAUCGAUAUACUGGACUUCAAUAACGGGAACCAGCAAAACCUGGACGUAACACUGAUGACAAGGGAUAUGAUCAAUGUUUUGUCUCCACACAAUUAAGAAUAGCGAACAAUAAAUUAGACUAGAAUAAUAUUUUGUGGCCAAUAUUUAAUAUAGUUCUGACGAAACAAUCGAAAACCAUGCCGUUUUGUACUAGUUUGAUGAAAUCCUUUAUGAAAUAAUCGGAAAUAUAUUCUACUCAUAUUGUUUAAACUUGAUCAUCAAAAGGUAUUGGUAACAAUAGGCA